AUGGUUGUUUUGGCUGAAUCUUUUUUACAAUACCAUGAGGAAAAAGCAAUAAAAAUGGCAACGACAAUGAUUCCUUUAAUUGAUAUUAAAUCCUUUCAUAGAUAUGUUGACGAUAGCCAUGCAAGGUUUUCUAGCUUAAAUCAAGCGGAACAAUUCCAAACAAUUGUUAACAGACAACAUCCUUCUUUAAAAUAUACUAUUGAGGUUGAAAACAAAAAUAAGAUACUUAACUUUUUGGAUAUAACUGUUAUUAAUAAUACACAAGGAAAAUAUGAGUUCAAGGUUUACAGAAAGGAUGCAAUAACCAAUAUCCAAAUCAAACCUCAUUCUAAUCAUUGUCCUAAAAUUUUAAAAGCAAUAUUCAAAGGAUACAUACACAGAGCAUACUCAAUAUGCAGCGAAAACCAUUUAAAAUAUGAGAUAAAUUUUUUAAUUCAAGUGUUUACUGAAAAUGGAUACGAUGAAAAAAUGCUUAAAGAUAUUUCUAAUCAGGUUUGA